UAUGUUGAUAACUGAGGAUCAGCUGAGAGACACUUCCGGUCGUGUCUCCGGUACCGGGACGUGUUUAGCUGUCUACCGUGCACAUUCUGCACGCGCCUCCGUUCAAUCAACACUUAUGAUUAAUGAUGGAGCCGCUGCGCACCCGCGCCGCGCGCCCCCUCUCCAGCUCGUCCGUGUCGUCUGACCGGUGGCAGAGUCGGUAGGAGGCUAACGGCUAACAGCUAGCUUAUGUUACCGAGCGGCGGCCCCGGUCAGGUUUCUCAUGUCUGUUCGUGUUCUGACGUCGUUCAGCGGAGCCGUUACCGCCACGGUGCCCCCCGGACGUCACAUGGCCGUCGGACGCUGCUCCGUCGGGCUCCCGGUCCGCUCGGCGGGAGGAUGCCGCCGUUAGCCGCCGUUAGCCGCCGUUAGCUCCGCAGCCGUUGAUUCAUGUCGGUGUUAUGUAAGCGCAGCUAACGUUAGCCUGACAACAUGAACGACGCGCAGCAGGACAUGUCCCCGGACUUUGUCCUCAUGAGGCUCGUGUCCGCGGCAGAGUACGACCGGCUGGACGAGCCCGACGACCUGAUGUCCGGAAGCGGCGGGUUCGGGCCCGUUAAAGCGGCGCUGGGACACCACGGCCGGUUCGAUCUGGAGCCCGGUGGCCCCUCGGCAGGCCUCGGCUCUGCCUCCCCGCACUACAGCUCGCCGCUCCCCGGAAAAGGCGACCUGGACGGCGGGCUGGUUUUGACGCAGGCUCCGCUGGGCUCCGAGGCGCCGCUUUCCCCUCCGCCUCCAGAAGACUUCGCCGUAGCGACGCAGAGGUUCGUGGACUUCCCGGUGCCGCACGGCUCGGGGGGGCAGCUGAUGGUGUUUCAGAACCUGCUGCGGUCAGGAGACCGGAUCCUGGAGUGCGGGCUGGAGCAGCCGCCACCGAGGUUCCUGCAGGAGGAAGCGGAGAGACAGCAGCUAGAUUCCGGAUCAGGAACCGGUCCCGGUAGCACAACAGCCGGUCCUGGGCCCGGAGGUGGUAAAGACCAGAAUUCACACUGUAUCACAUCCACAGAGGAGAACCUCCUCCAGUGGCACCCGGUCCUCAGACUGUCCAAAGGGUCUGAUGGGUCUCCUCAGCGGGGAAUCCCGGCUCUGGACUCUGAGCCUGGGUCAGUCCUGUGCCAUCGACACCGCCUGCUGACAGACACACUCGCUAAAUGGCCCCCAGGCCUGCUGGAUCAAGCCUUGCGUCUGGGGCUGCUGGAGCCCAGGAAGAUGUGCUCCACCGGGGGAAGGGACCCGGUCCUGGCUCUGGCCCGAAGGCUGGGUCAGCUGGGUGAGGGGAGGGAGGGUGGUGGAGGAGAGGAAGUGGUGCCUCCACUAACUCGGUGUUCCUGUCACAGUGUCCUGGCCUCAGGUUCGGGCGGCAUCGCCGGCGAGGACCCGAGUGAUACCAGCGAUGCCCUGCUGGUCCUUGAAGGUCUGGGGUCUGAGGAGGUGGGGGGCUGGGAGGGGGGGUGAGAAAGGGGAGAGGGUGGGGGGGCUGUGGUGGUGGGAUACCUGGGGGCGGGGCCUGUGUUCUCCAGUGGGACUCUGAGUGGUCUGAUGCGGCAGGUCCACAGACUGGCGGAGGAGGCGGGGGUCUGCACCGAUCAGAGCUGCCGGUCGACGGCGGACGUCAGCACCACUGACACCCCCUGUCCAUACCCCCCCAACCACCCACAGGCCCAUGCAACCCCCGGGGGUCUCCAAGUCUGGCUUGAGCCACUCCUGUCCACCAACCCUGAACCAAACCACCACCCACAGCAUCAAUCCCGCUCCCAGCCCCAGAGCCGCACUGCCACCCCCAAACUUGGCAUGGCCUCGGGGGGAGUGGGUCGAUCUGCCUCCCCUUUAGUGGUCCUGAAGGGGGAGAUGGGAGGAGGAGUACGAGAGGGGGAGAAGACACCGCGGAGCAAGUCGAGAAAAGGGGGGUCCCUGAAGGUCCGGCUCAGCAAACUGUUUAGAACCAAGAGUUCCAACGGGGGGUCGGGGGGGCUGCUGGACAAGAGGCCAUCGCUGGCCUCGUCCACCUCGUCCGGGGGGAGUCUACUGGACGUGUGGGGGUCCACCUGCAGCAACACGGAGCAGGACAGCAGCAGGCUGCAGGUGUCCAGACCUCACAGUGCCUUCUCUCCAGUGACCUUCACUCCUGCGUUCACUGGUGAGACAGUGUCUCUGGUCGAUGUGGAAAUUUCUCGGAGAGGUGGGAACUGUCUUCAUCCCCCCACUCCCCCACCCCCACCCAGACGGAGCCUCAGUCUGCUCGAUGAUUUCGGCGGUCCUCCUCAACAGGGGACACUCACCGAGCGAAGUGUGGGGGCGUCAAUGCAAUCUCUUCCCCCGCGACCGCUGGCCCUGCCCCCCUCCCUCAGCACCAUCCAGCACAGCCUGAGCCUCAAUGACACCUUCCUACGAGGUUUACCACGGCCAGUCCCUCUGCGUCCCGACAGUCAGCACUUCCCACCGCGACUCACCCCCCGCUGUCCCCUCAGUCGACCCGACGCCAGCAGCUUCGCCACCAGCCUCAGAGAACUAGAGAAGUGCGGUUGGUACUGGGGGCCAAUGAACUGGGAGGAUGCAGAGAUGAAGCUGAAGGGGAAACCUGACGGAUCGUUUCUGGUUCGAGACAGUUCAGACCCUCGAUACAUCCUGAGUCUGAGCUUCAGGUCGCAGGGAGUCACACACCACACACGCAUGGAGCACUACAGAGGAACCUUCAGUCUGUGGUGUCAUCCUAAGUUUGAGGAUCGUUGUCACUCUGUGGUGGAGUUCAUAGAAAGAGCCAUCAUGCACUCCAAGAACGGGAAGUUCCUCUACUUCCUGCGCUCCAGAGUCCCUGGUCUGCCACCGACUCCGGUCCAGCUCUUGUAUCCAGUCUCCAGGUUCAGCAGCGUUAAAUCUUUGCAGCAUCUCUGUCGCUUCUGCAUCAGACAGCUUGUUCGCAUCGACCACAUCCAGGAGCUGCCGCUGCCCACGCCUCUGAUCGCCUACCUGAAGAAGUUUUAUUACUACGACCCCGAGGAGGAGAUCAGCCCCACACUAACGGAGAGGAGUCCUGACUGCAGCAGCCAGAUGGGGGCGGUAGAGUCCCAAACGUAGCACUGGAGCCUGAGACCAUUUCUUUUCUUUCCUUUGUGUUUUUCUUUUUCUGGGGACACCUCGAUCGGCUCGCUGAAAGACGUCCAGACCGUCUCCUGGACUCGCUGACCGCAGCCAGUCAUCUUCCUGUGCUCAGUCCUGCGAGUUUCAGAUGUUCCACCCUCCUGCAGGCUCUCUGAUUGGCUCACGAGCAGCGGAGGUGGAAGGACAGGGGAUGUGGAGACUCUGCCUCUCUUCGGAUGUCAUCACUGGGCAGCUGGACUAAAGAAAACUGGACGCUAGAAUCUGUAAAAGAAACAAAGCAAGAAGCUCAGUGUGAGGAGAGAAACUGUCGCCUCUGGGAUCCUGUAACGUCCACGAGCAGGUGGCCGUCACCGUGGAGACGGAGGAUUAGAGCUUUUAGAAAAUAAGAACAUUAUUAUUAUUAUGAAUAAAACUGUAGAGGUCAAACCUCGUGUUCUCUCAGGUUUGAUUUUUUUUCAUUUUCUCUAUAAUCUAAAGUUAACUUUCGAUAAAUAAAAACUAUAACCCUAACAUUUGAUUGGCUCUAAUCCUCCGUCACUGCUCCAACAAAGAUCUUCCUGCAGUUUUCUACGUUCAGUUUCAAGUCUGCACACACUGGAGCCAAAGAGCCAUUUCCUCAGGAUUAACCAAAACUCAACCAGCGGCUCGCCACGUGUCCGCCGUCGCACUGACUUUUACCGUAGACGCCCGACCAUGUAUAGAAAUGUCUCAAAGGUUAAACUGGAAACAUAUCUCAAAACUAAAUGUGAAAUGAUUUUAGAAGCCAUGUUUUAAAGUCGUGAUGUUCCACCAGAAUAACAAGUCGUAAACUUUAACGUCUCUCGGCUCAGUGCUGAAGAGUGAAACCAGGGACUGUGUCAGUCUCAGCUGUCAAUCAUCACGUCUCAGCCUGUUUUUAUAUCAAAUAACUGAUUCAAACCAAACUGAUCAGAAACACUUGAACAAACAUCAGUGAGAUAAGAACGACCUGAAAUGACAGAAACAUCUUUGACAAACAUUUAUUUAACGUCUACAUAGAUUUUUAGUUUGGUCCAUGUCCCAUCUGCUAACAUGGAGGAGGAGAGGGUUUUGGCAAACAGACAAACCCUGCCCGCUUUCACACCUUAGUCCACCUGACCAAUCACAGCGGCCGAGGUUUCAGACGUCAACAUAUAACGGCACAAACAAAAAGUGAAAUUCUUUGUUUAACUUGGUCGUGAUUUAAAAAUGAGGAAUAAAGUCGUCAACUAUAAAAACAGUCACAGAUACAAAGUACGUUUGUUUGGUAAAGAAUAAUGAGAAACAGGAACAAAUGUCCACAUUAGCAGGAACCACAGGAUCCCAGGUGGUGGCAGAAAUACCAAAAAAAAGGAGAGGAUGGAGGUGAUGACUACUGACCUACAUUGUUACCGUGACGACGUUUCACUGGAACAAGCUGCUGUUUGGAUGAGUUUUACUGAACACUGGACACCUGACCCUGUGGGGACACUUCCAUGAUGUCAUGACAGUGAGGGGGGCGGGGCAUUGAUAAGUAUUAAUACUGAAAACUGAGAUGUUAUUUUUGGUGUGGACGAACAGUGAAGUAAUCUGUUAUCUUGGUGACCUGCGACCUGUUAAUAAAACUGUGGGUGGGG